ACGGGGGGGUCCCGGGGGUCCCCGUCGGCCCCCCCGCGCCCUCGCCGCGCAUGCGCGGCGCGCCGCCCCCCCAGGACGGGCAGCGGGGGAGGGCGAGCGGCUCUCGGCUCGUCCCUUCUCGUCCUGGCCGCCGGUUUCCGCUGUCGGCGCCGCCGGUUCCUCACGCCCGGCGGGCAGCUGCUGCCGCCGCCACCGCGGCGCGCGGCGCCCUCCCGGUUCGGCUCGGAGCGAAGGGGAAGACCGGGCCAGCGACACCCGCCGGCACCCCGGGAGCGCUGGCGAGCGCAGCCCGCCCCGCUACUUACGCGCUCCCCCGCCUCCCGCCGCCGCCGGUGCCGCCGCUCCGCGGCCGCGCUGCCCCCGCUAUCACUCCUCGUCUUCACGGACAAGACAAUAUGGCGCCCGCUGGCGCUCACCCGGAAGUGAAAGGCGUCACGGUGCUGACCCUCGCCUGGCAUAUACGGGAGCCCGGGGCCGCCAUCUUAGCUGAGGGCGGCCGGGCGGCGCUUCCCGUUCCCCUGGCGCCGGCCGGAGCGCCAACGCCCGAGCCGCCAUCUUUACUGCGGGCAGCGCUCCGGGGCAGCCGCGGCGGGACAGGGAGGCGGGGACGCGCCCCGCCCGGGAGCCGGGAGAGCCGAGCGGGAUUCACCUUCCCGCCUGCGGCACCGUGAGGCGGCUCCCUGGCCCCACGGGUAACUUGUAGUCGGAGUGAUCCGUGUGUCCCGUACGGGGUCGGCAUGAAGAAGUUGAUAAAGCUGCAUGAAGAAGUUAACAAAGCUGGCGGCUCCGCCUGUAAGAGGUGCACUGUCUUGUGACUGGUCAGCAGAGAGCUGCUCAGGAGCCACAGCUUUUCUCAGGGGUCAGCACUGCAGCCUGUAGGCAGAGCCAGUGUGGUGGUGGGGACAGAGCAGAGUACAGCUACAGCAGCUCUUCCUGCAAGAGCUUUGCAAGCUCACAAAGUGAUGAGAUUGGGAACCACCAUAUCAUGCCGAAGGAUCAAUGAAAGCAAAGACAUUGACACAGAGACUUAUAGAGACCCCAAAAACAUAAAGAACAAAUGGAGCUGAUGAAGAAAGCAGUGGUGCCCUUGUGAGAGGAGAAUAGUGGGAUGAAGAGAAAGCUGUUUUGAAGCUCUGCCACAUGAAGACCCAGGCGCUUUCUCAGGGUGGGGGACCACAAAAGUAUGGUGAAGCUCUGUAAAGAGUACUGCUGUCGGCCUGAUGAGAUUGUUCAUCGGUAACAUAAGACAUUUUAAGGAGUCUUAAACUUUCAAGCCCUUCACUUAAAUUCUGAAAACAUACAGCUUUUCAAUAGCAUGCACACAUCUGGCAGUUCAGGAAACUGCCAGUUCCUUGACUCGAGAAUCAUAUUUAACAUUCUAGCACAUAUGGGAUGUAUACUCUUGUUUUCCCAGAAUGCUCAAAGUUUCUUUUCCAAUUCCUAAUAAAGAAUUUUAAGUCUUCAAUAUACACAUUUAUGUAGUUUCUUUAGAGCCAAACUUUACACAGAAUAACUUAGGUCUGUGUAAAGGACACUAUGACUUGCAUCUAAAAUUGUGUGUGACAUCUUGCAUUGGUCAUAAUUUUUUUCAUUUUGAAGACAUAACUUCAAGUAUUGCCUUCCUUUUUAGAGAAUGCUUCCUUCUAUCAUAUUUCUAUACCUGAUUCUGACUCAAGGCUUACAGAGUUCCUGCCAACAUAGCUUUUUAUUUCAGCUCAGAACACCUCAGCCAGGAACAACACUGAUGGCUGCCUCGAAUAAAGGCAUUGGCUCUUUUUCAUGGCACUUUCUCUCUAUGUUGUAUAAAAUACCUGUAAAUGCAAGUAAACGUUCCCUGGCUGUUAAUGAGAAAAUAAUCCUGCCCGCAUCUUUUAUGACAUCCUAGGCAGUUAUGUCCACUUGGGAAAAUUUUAGCAAACAGCUUGCAAACUCCAGUUAAAAAGGAGCAAAGACCACCUCAGGAAUUUCCUGAAAACAGCAUUAAAAUAGGAAGUAACAGGUUAAGAACCCCAUUCUGUUUCUCUCCUAGUUGUGCAGUCUAGGGAAGUAGUUCUAGGCUAAAGAGAAGAGUAAUACAGGUACCUAAAUUCAGUAGUUUUCCAGAAAUCACAAAGAGAGCAAUGUCAGGGCAGCUACUCACUCUGAGUGCAUUAGGGUGGAGGAUUCACCCCAUGCUCCUCCUAGCAAGAUUGUGUCACACAAGUGAUACUUAGUUGCCAUUUGCUCCCACUGUUGCUUGGAACUAAUUCCGAGUUUUGAUCAGCUACAUACAAAGAGGAUGAAAGUGUGUGUAGGUGGAUGAAUGGUAUGGGAAGAUAAGGAGCUAGAAGAGAAUUAUGGUAUUUUAACCAACUCUCAUUUCAACAGUACCCUUCUUUCUUACUUACUGUAGACUUAGGUUAAGAUGCUAGCUGGAAUACAGAUAGCUAAAGCUGGCUGCUUGGUUUCUCUGAUUUUUACUACUUUUGGAUAGACUGAGACAAUUUUAAUUUGUACAAGGAAAAAACCAUGGUUUUGUCCAAAACAUGUAGCCUAAUUUUGAUCUAAACAGAGGGUUUUUCCUUUUGAAAAUAAAAUGCUGUGCAACCAGAGGCUCACUCCAUUAUGACUAUCAGUUUUAUGGCCUAACAAUCCCCAGUGCCUGAACAAGGAUGUGCAGGUCUAAGAUACACCUCAGCAGUUUGAGCAAAUGCAAUUCUAAGAGGCUGUGCCAUUUUCUUAUGCAAAAGAGGGAACACAAGUGGGAUGAAGCUCUGAAACAGAAGUAGAGAAUAGGAGAGUCAGGCAGGUAGAUAUGACAACGUGGUACAGACAGUAAUAGGGACAGCAUGUUUUUUCUUUAAAAAGCAUUACCAUAAAUGAAAACAGUAAGCAUAUAUUAACAUUUUUCUCUCUACCAAAGAGCAAGUUAUACAGGAUGGAACUGUUAGAGAAGUAAUUUGUACUUAGGUAACUGCUUAUUAAAUAAAUUAAUUACCACAUAACUUCAAGUACUCAUCAGGUCAGCUUAGAAUGUAUCUGUUACCCUCUGGGAUGGAAAUGAGAAAUUACCAAAGGAAGUACCACCUCAAAACAGGGCAGUCACACAGUUUACAGAAACCUGUUCUGCCACCUGGACUCAUGCUGUCCCCCACUGCUGACAAAAGGAAGUCCAGACAUAUAUCAGAAGGCAGUUGUCAUCAUUUACUGUCCAACUCACACACACAGUGCAAAAAUAAUUUAUAGUUUAUUACUCCUGUGAGAAAAGUAUUCAGGAACAGAUAAACAAGUUCAUGUUUGGAACCAAAAGUAACAGAAUUUACUGAAUUACACUUAAACUCUGUACAUACACAAGCUUAUAUGCUGUACAUUGUCAUAAUUGUGAAGUUGAAAAAUUACUAAAUACAGAAAUUAUUUGCAAUUAUCUUUCCUAGAAGGUAAAAUGACAAUAUCUAUUGAUGGAUUUAUGGUGUGUGUAUAUAUCUCAGAGGAUAUACUUAUGCACACCAAGUACAUAUUUAUAUUGAAACAGGAGUACAUUGCUAUACCAGUGCCAGUUGGAGACAACUGAAAGGGUACUGGGUAUCUGAGGAUUCACUGUCACUAUUUAGAAGCCAUAUUUUCCCAAGCUAUUCCCAGCUCUUAUCAGGGAAGUGCACUGAAGCACCACCCAGAGACAGCUGCUGUCACUCCAUUCUGGAAGGACUCUGCUUUCCAAUUACCUCACAUGGAAGCGACACUAUUUGACAGGCUCUUGUUUGCAGAAAUCCUAACAGCUGGCAUCCAACCCUGUGAUGGGAAGGGUCUGGACUGGAUCAGAAGAAGUUGAACACUUUGUAUUGUUACUGUACACCAGCAAAUCCAGGCACUUAGCGCUAUCAGUAUUUCUAUUCUCAACUCUUCUAGAACUAUGGGCAAAAGCUUAUCUUUAUUAUAAUCAAAAACAAACUUUCCCUAGACCUCAGUAGGAUAGGACAUCAUCUUACAUUCUAACGAUACUGCAUUUUAAUGAACCCAGGAAUUUUACAUGUUUGGCAAAGUGCAUACUUUAAGAGAAUCAUUCAGAUAUUUAUAAUAGUUUAACUGAACUUCAGAAUCAAAAUAUGAUAAAUUCUCUACAAGAUAAAGGCACAAUAUUUACAGGUACUCUUACCACUGCAGCUUUAAAUAAGAUAAACUAAAUAACACUACCCUCUUUGAACUUAAAUUGUUAAGAAUUAUAGUAAUAAUCUUUCAUAAAAAAGUAGAUAUGCUUGUGCAUUUAGUACUCUUGAUUCUGGAACCAUCUGAACAUGGGUAU